AUGGCGGUCGGCGAUGACAACAAGCAAAUGGCCGAAAAUGGAUUUACCUUGCACGAUCGGGCGACUUCUGGGUCUCGAAUUGGCCGGGUGAAACAAAUUUUGAGUUCCAACGAAUUGAUCAACGAAUUGGAUUUGGAAGUGGGCGUCCUACCCGGAUUGCCCUUCAAAAUCAAGGGAACCGUAGUGACGACCGCCUCCCUCCAAAUUGUGUCCGACCAAAAAAUGGAAUUGCGACUCCAAGGCACCAAAGUAAAGGGAUCCAACAUUCCACUAUUGAAUCAACUCAUGGAGGAAGAAUUGAAUAUGGAAAUUCCAGUGGGAGAAGUCUACAGGACGAUUCGAGGGGACGUUCCAGUGAUUGCCAUGCAGGUAACGUUUUAUGUCGAUGAAAGUAUGCGAAUCACACAAGACGUGUGUAACAAAACCACGUUGAUAAGGCUCAAACUAGGUUUUGGGGCGUUGUCAAUUUGGGGUUGA